CACUGAACUUCCCUCACAAACCAAACUGCUACAGCCCUGUGUUCUUCUUUACUGGUUCCUGUUGUGAAUCAAGCACAAUGAGCAAGAUCACUUUAUUUGCAGGUCUGUUCCUGGGUCUGUGCCAUUUGGGUUCUACCUAUCAACUGGUCUGCUACUUUACCAACUGGUCCCAGUACAGACCUGGAGCUGAGAAGUUCCUGCCAGAGAAUGUUGACCCUCAACUAUGUACUCAUCUGAUCUAUGCCUUCUCCGUUAUCAACUCUGCCAAUCAACUUACCACCUAUGAAUGGAAUGAUGAGACCCUCUACAGUUCCUUCAAUGGCCUUAAAAACAGUAAUCCUCAGCUCAAAACACUGUUGGCUGUUGGUGGAUGGAACUUUGGCACUGCACAGUUCACCAACAUGGUAUCAACGCCUGCAAAUCGACAAACGUUCAUCCAGUCCUCAAUCAGUUUUCUGCGGAAGUAUGGUUUUGAUGGGUUGGAUCUGGACUGGGAGUACCCUGGGUCUCGUGGCAGCCCUCCAGAGGACAAGCAGAGAUUUACAUUGUUGUGCCAGGAGCUCCUGGAGGCCUUUGUAGCUGAGGGCAAAGCAACCAGCCGUCCCAGACUACUGCUCACAGCUGCAGUGGCUGCUGGGAAAGGGACUAUUGAUACUGGUUAUGAGAUUGGAGAGAUUGCAAAAUACCUGGACUUCAUUAACGUGAUGACCUAUGACUUCCAUGGAUCCUGGGAGACCUUUACAGGACACAACAGCCCUCUAUACAAUGGUUCCCAAGACAAAGGAGACAAUAUUUACUUCAACACAGACUUUGCCAUGACAUACUGGCGGGACCAGGGAGCCCCUGUUGAGAAGCUGAUAAUGGGCUUUCCCACAUAUGGUCGUACGUUCCAGCUCUCCUCUGGAAAGACUGGGGUCGGAGCAGCAGCCAAUGGUCCUGGUGCAGCUGGACUUUUCACCAGGGAGGCUGGUUUCUGGUCUUAUUAUGAGAUCUGUCCCUUCCUCCAAGGAGCAACUGUCCAGUGGAUUCAGGACCAAAUGGUUCCCUAUGCCUUUAAAGGAAAUCAGUGGGUGGGAUUUGACAACACCAACAGCUAUGAUGUCAAAGUCAGUUAUCUAAAGAAUAAAGGCUUUGGAGGGGCUAUGGUCUGGUCCCUGGACCUGGAUGACUUUUCUGGACAGUCUUGUGGACAGGGCAACUAUCCCCUGAUUGGCCAUCUGAAAAAUCUCCUGAACACUGAACAACCUAGCCUGCCACCUACACCCACCCCACAGACAGGGGCACCUCCCGAAACAAAGGCAACACCCAAGGCCAACACCACCAACUACCCAGGCCCCUCCGCACCCUCCACCACAACCACCACCACCACCACCCAUGUGGCCGGCAGCAGUUUCUGUGCCGGCAAUGCUGAUGGGUUGUAUGUGAAAGCAGACGCCCCUGGUUCUUUCUAUCACUGUGCCAAUGGCUUCACCUGGAUCCAGAACUGCCCCGCUGGUCUGGUAUUCAAAGACAACUGCAAGUGCUGUAACUGGCCUUUUCAUUUCACAUCUCAUGUGCGUUUCUCGUCUAAUUUGUCUAACGUAGAAUCAAGCACAAUGAGCAAGCUCACUUUAUUUGCAGGUCGGUUUUUGGAGCUGUGCCAGUUGGAAUCAAGCACAAUGAGCAAGCUCACUUUAUUUGCAGGUCUGUUUUUGGAGCUGUGCCAGUUGGGUUCUACCUACCAACUGGUCUGCUACUUUACCAACUGGUCCCAGAACAGACCUGGAACUGAGAAGUUCCUGCCAGAGAAUGUCGACCCUCAACUCUGUACUCAUCUGAUCUACGCCUUCUCCGUUAUCAACUCUGCCAAUCAACUUACCACCUAUGAAUGGAAUGAUGAGACCCUCUACAGUUCCUUCAAUGGCCUUAAAAACAGUAAUCCUCAGCUCAAAACACUGUUGGCUGUUGGUGGAUGGAACUUUGGCACUGCACAGUUCACCAUCAUGGUUUCAACACCUGCAAAUCGACAAACCUUCAUCCAGUCCGCAAUCAGUUUUCUGACGAAGUAUGGUUUUGACGGGUUAGAUCUGCACUGGGAGUACCCUGGGUCUCGUGGCAGCCCUCCAGAGGACAAGCAGAGGUUUACAUUGUUGUGCCAGGAACUCCUGGAGGCCUUUGUAGCUGAGGGCAAAGCAACCAGCCGUCCCAGACUACUGCUAACAGCUGCAGUGGCUGCUGGGAAAGGGACUAUUGAUACUGGCUAUGAGAUUGGAGAGAUUGCAAAAUACCUGGACUUUAUUAACGUGAUGACCUAUGACUUCCAUGGAUCCUGGGAGACCUUUACAGGACACAUCAGCCCUCUAUACAACAGUUCCCAAGACAAAGGAGACAAUAUUUACUUAAACACAGACUUUGCCAUGACAUACUGGCGGGACCAGGGAGCCCCUGUUAAGAAGCUGAUAAUGAGCUUUCCCACAUAUGGUCGUACGUUCCAGCUCUCCUCUGGAAAUACUGGGCUUGGAGCACCAGCCAACGGUUCUGGUGCAGCUGGAUCUUUCACCAGGGACCCUGGUGUCUGGUCUCAUUAUGAGAUCUGUAAAUUCCUCCAAACAGCAACUGUCCAGUGGAUUCAGGAUCAAAUGGUUCCCUACGCCUUUAAAGGAAAUCAGUGGGUGGGAUUUGACAACACCUACAGCUAUGAUGCCAAAGUCAGUUACCUAAAGAAUAAAGGCUUUGGGGGGGCUAUGGUCUGGUCCCUGGACCUGGAUGACUUUUCUGGACAGUCUUGUGGACAGGGCAACUAUCCCCUGAUUGGCCAUCUGAAAAAUCUCCUGAACAUUGAACAACCUACCCUGCCACAUACACCCACCCCACAGACAGGGGCACCUGCCGUAACAAAGGGAAAACCCAAGGCCAUCACCACCAACUACCCAGGCCCAUCCGCACCCUCCACCACCGGCAGUACUUUCUGUAUAGGCAAUGCUGAUGGGUUGUAUGUGAAAGCAGACGCCCCUUGAUCUUUCUAUCACUGUGCCAAUGGAUUCACCUGGAUCCAGAACUGCCCCGCUGGUCUGGUAUUCAAAGACAACUGCAAGUGCUGCAACUGGGCUUAGAGCUGCCUAAAGGCCUGUCUGUUAAUGACGUACGCCUAACUCUGCUGGGAAAAUGUAUUAUGCAAAUUACAGUAUAGUGAUGUUUAUGUGUGACUUCACGUAGUUACUAGAAUAUAAUUUUAAGUUGGCACAAUUAAACAAUAACUUAUACGUUAUUUUAAUUCUAGCAGCCAGAUCUAGUUGUGCUUCGGUCAUCUUCUCACCUCUUUCUCAGAACUCAUUGGAUAAGAAAAUAAGAGAGGGACCCCUGGACUGGACUUUUUUUUCAGUGA